UCACCCUCCCUCAGACCCCAAGAAACCUACAUCUCCAUAACUCAAAAUUCCAAUUUCUCUCUUUUUUUUCCUUUUAAUCUCUUUAUUUUUUUUCUCUUUUUUUGGGUUUAUUUUUGAGAUUGGGAUGCAUAGGCUUGUUGUUUGAAGGGUGUUCUGAAUUGGGUUUUGUUUGGUUUGUGGGAUUGUAUGAGAGAGAGAGAGAGAGAGAGAGAAUGGGAACUGAGGAAGAAAAGCAUGAUCAUGGUCAAAGUUCAUGCCAGGGGCAAGGAGAAGUUGACGUGCCACUUGACAAGGUUGAAGAUUCAGUAGUAGUUGCUGAAGAAGCACCCCAAGUUCAUCCAUGGAAGCGACAAAAUCUCCACCUGGAGAUACCCACGAGACCAUCCGAAGAUUGUGUUCAGGAUUUUGUUGCAAUAAAGAUGCCUCCAACACCGAGUCCCACUCCUAGGAAAGUAAAUUUUCUCUUGACACCUGGUUCUGUAGAUGGAAGAAUGAGUGGAUCGCCAGGGCCCUCUUCAGCUAAAGGCAAAUCAUCUAUAAAAUCUCUUUUACCAAAACUAAGCUUCAAGUAUCGAAGUACUGCUGAUGCGGAGAAGGCUUCCAACCUAGCUUCAGAAGGUUCUUCUACAGGAGUUCGGGAAAAAGCUUCCAUCUCAAGGUCACUGUCUCUCACAAAAUUAUUCACACCGAAGAUGAAGAGAACAUCAUCCCUACCUGUAACUCCAAUGGCACUUGCACUCCGAGAAUCUGCACACGGCGGAAGUGUUGGUGGCUCUCUGAAUUCAAUUAGGAAAGAAUCCAAAAGACAGAUAGCUCGCUCACUUUCAGUCCCAGUCAACCAUAAAGAAGUGAACUUAAGGAGGAUGGAUUCAUUUUUUCGUGUAUUUCCUUCCACUCCUCGAGUCAAGGAAGGAGAUGAUGUAUCAAUUAGUUCCCCAACAGAAGAUGCUGGGAAAGAUGAUGAUAAUGGUGAAGACAUAUCUGAGGAAGAGGCCGUCUGUAGAAUUUGUCUUGUGGAACUGUGUGAAGGGGGUGAGACUCUCAAAAUGGAAUGCAGUUGCAAAGGUGAACUUGCUCUGGCUCACCAAGAAUGUGCUAUUAAAUGGUUUAGCAUCAAAGGUAACAAGACCUGUGAUGUGUGUAAGCAAGACGUUCAAAACCUGCCUGUCACUCUAUUACGAAUUCAAAGUGUUCGAGCUCGAAAUGCUGGUGCAAGUUUAUAUGGGCAGGAAGAUGCUAAUGGGAACAGGGUUUGGCAGGAAGUGCCUGUGCUUGUCAUUGUCAGCAUGCUUGCCUACUUUUGCUUUCUUGAGCAGCUCCUGGUGGAGAAGAUGGGUACUGGAGCAAUUGCCAUCUCUCUUCCAUUUUCAUGUGUACUGGGUCUCCUCUCAUCCAUGACCUCAUCAACCAUGGUGCAAAGAAGAUUUGUCUGGGUUUAUGCAUCGGUUCAGUUUGCUCUGGUGGUUCUAUUUGCACAUAUAUUUUACUCGUUGGUCCGCGUGCAAGCAGUUCUUUGUAUUCUCCUCGCAACAUUUGCCGGGUUGGGAGUUGCAAUGAGUGGGAGUUCCAUCAUCGUCGAGUCCUUGAGAUGGAGAAGAAGAUGGCAAACUGCAUCCGAGCAACGUCAGAUGUCCUAAUUGUCGACAUGAGUCACAUGACUAGAGCAGUUCCCAGGAACCAUAAAUUCACACAGGAGUCCAAUCUUUAUUGUAAGGUCAUCAAUGGCUGACAUCACGUGUUUAAGCUUAUAGCGGAGAUAUGAGUUUCGAUAAUUUUUGUAAAUAUCCUGGAAUUUUGUAUGCUUCCUAUGUUUAAUACAAGAUUUGAGAUUGUAUA